AUGCAGUUCAUCAUCCUCGCCCUUGCUGCCCUCGCGGCUGCCGCUCCUGGCGGCGCUCCCAGCUACGGUGGCAGUGGCAGUGGCAUGGCCGGUGGCAUGGCCGGUGGCCACGGAGGUAGCGGCGGCUACUCUGGCGGCUCCAACAACGGUGGCUCCAACGGUGGUUCCAACGGCGGCUCCUCCAACGGUGGUUCCAACGGUGGUUCCAACGGAGGCAAAUUCCAAUGCUCUGCGCCCCUCCAGAGCAGCCCACAGUGCUGCGCUGUCAACGCGCUCGGGGUUGCUUCCCUUCCCUGCAAUGCCCCCACUCGCGACAUCGAAUCGAGGGAGGACUUUGUCAAGUACUGCGGCCAGUCUGGCGCCACCGCUCAGUGCUGCGUCUUGCCUGCUCUCGGUGCCGGCGUCGCCUGCGAGGAGGUCAAGUCCAACUAG